CAGCCCUCUGGGUAGUAAAUCCAAAUCCAGUUGAUUUGGCUUUUCUUAGCUGUUUUGCCCUGCCAGGGUUGUUUUUGAGCUGUAGGCUAAAACCCACUGGCUUAAAUCACAGUGCAGAAGGAAACAAACUGGCUGGAAAUGUUUUCCUCAGCGCUGUGAUAGAGGCAUGCGCUCUCUGGCAUUUGAGCUCAGUUUAUGUUCCUCCUGAUGCUAUUAGUGUAUGCUAAUAGCAGUGCUCUAUUAAACAUAUCUAAAACGUAUAAAUUAAGGUUGCAAUAGAAGUCUUCAACUACAGGCAGAGUGAAGAAUUGAAGUAUUGUAAUCAUAGGGUUGCAAUUAUGUAACUGGAUUCUCUUUCUCUCUGGUUAGCAGGCUCAUUUAAUUGCUGUAACAAAGCUACUCCUUCAGUUUUCUGGGACUGUUCCAGGAAGCAAUCAUUGCAGCAGAUUUUCUCCGCUCCCCAGUGGAGCUAAAAAUGUGUAGUUUCACUACCUCAAAACAUCUUUGGUAGUAUAGCUCAGACUUACAGCCCAGACUUAAAGAGUUUAGUAAACUUAAUGGUGCUCUGCAAGCUUAAUUGAAGGCACUCCUUGCCGUUAAGAGGCUUAUUCUCACAGUUUUAAGGUACUCUAGCAAGUACUGCUGCCAAGGUGACCAGCAGUGGUCCUUCUCGGCGCAGGCCUUCACCUGAUUAGUCCCCCCGGAUAUACAAGGCCCAGUCAGCGAGGCACGUGUUAUGGUUUGGGAGCAGUGGGCCUGGUGUCCUGAGAGGGUGUUAGAGUGCACUGGUCAGCAGUAGGACUGCACAGGGCUUCUUUGCUAGUGUAUGCGUUUGGGACCUUUGCUUGAAGACAGACAUCAGGACUGGGAUUGCAAAAAACCACUUUCUGUGGCAACAUGAACUGCACAGAAAACUUCCCAAUGCUGAAUGCCUCCUUGAAAAGGCCAUGGAAGACCUACAUGUAAAUGGCUCCACACUGACUAGUACAAAACACCUUGACCCCUUUCACCCUGUAAGGUAAUUAAGCAUUCAGAUCAAAUGUGCCACUUUCUGGUUUCUUAAAGGUCAUAUAGUACUGGCAUGCUGGUUUCCAGGACCUGUGUUGUGGCUCACAUGCAGAGGAAGAAAAACUGGAGGCCAUUUGCUAGGGCCCUGGCUGUGCCAGCUCUGUGGUGGGGCUUGUUUCCCCUCCAGGCCUAGUGUUCCUAGGCUGCAGCAGCAUGGUGUUAACCUGUUCCUGGUCUCUCAGACCUGCUUUGCAUGUGAACAGCUGAAGUCUAGGUUUCAGCAGCAAACCAGUGGUGAGGUGAGGGAAUGACAGGCUGGAUGUGGAAGAGCUCUCAUUCUAGGCUGAACUAGAAACAGUAACUGCAACUCUUAGCGUGGGGUGAAGUAAAAGCACUGCAUGCUUCCUGAGCCAUGAUACUGGAGAUGGGCAGUUCAGGGUCUCCUGCUUGCAAGGCUCUGAACAGCUGAGGCUCCAAACUGCUGGUGCACCUUGAAAGCAAACUUGGCUGUGAUGUAUUGAUGUGCAGGAGGGCUAUGUCUCUCUGCAGCUCUCGUCUCCUCCCACACAGUAAGCCUUUUCUGCAUGUGUUUAAUGCAGGUGGUGAUGUUGGACUAUUUCUGGUCUAACCUCCAGACUGUGCCAAUGCUACGGUGUUCCAGCUGUAAGGAGAAUCUUUGUCUGGGACCACUGUAGGCUACCCUGAUAUCAUCACUGGGGGUGCAAUAGGGGUUUUGUAGUAUUAGCUUGUGACGCAGCCUGCCAUAGGAAGGACAACCUCUGAUGCACUGGAGGGCUCCUCCCUUGGGAAGGGAUUAAAGGAAUCUAUGUUCUGCCUUAGGUUCACGAUGUCUGACAGAAAGGCUGUGAUCAAGAAUGCAGACAUGUCUGAGGACAUGCAGCAGGAUGCUGUAGACUGUGCUACACAGGCAAUGGAGAAGUACAACAUAGAAAAGGACAUUGCAGCAUACAUAAAGAAGGAAUUUGACAAGAAAUACAACCCAACUUGGCACUGCAUUGUUGGCAGAAACUUUGGCAGCUAUGUAACACAUGAGACAAAGCACUUCAUCUAUUUUUACUUGGGUCAGGUUGCAAUUCUCCUCUUCAAGUCUGGAUAGGAAGUAGGAGCAAGUGAAACUUGGACUGUAAUGCACUGAUGGCUGAAGCCACGACUCCCUUUAACAUGGCUAUGCCGCUGCAUGGACUGUAUACUAUAUUUAAUGUGUAUAUGUUGCAGUAAAAAUCUACUUCUGUUUAGUUGCCUGGGAAGAAGGCGGCAUUUUUUGUUACUGCUUUUUUGUUGUAUUGCACUAGGAAAAACCUGUAAAUGCUUAAACAAUGGCCUUUACGUGGGAAGAAAUAAAACUAUUCCACAACAGCUCCCUCAGUGGUAAUUCCUUCUUUGAGGCUGGGAAAACUUCUUUGGGCAGGCCAAAAAAAGACCUUGUUGACUUCCUUAUCAAGUUUUAUUAGACUGUUACUCUCGAAAUGAGGAGCAAUGCCAGCGUGAGCCUCUGUACCCACCCUGCAGACUGUAGAGAGCUGGCUCUCCCAGUAACCUCAGUGCAGGUACUUAGACCUUCCCUGAAAGUUGGUGGGGUGGCUCUUGUUAGUGGCAUUUUCAUCCAAAAGUUGAACUCCACCUUGGACUGUGAUAAACAGACUUGCAGCUGGCACCCUCAGUGUUUGUUCUUUUUCCAGUGCCCAUCACUGUAUUUCUGGCUCUGCUGAAACAUACUGAGCUAGACUUGUAAGCAACUCAGCCUGGUCUAGAAGACUUCAAUAAACAUCUCCCUUGAGUUGCUGGUGUGGAGCAGAAAGCGGCACGCUGUGGCUGAAGUCUUUAGACCUUGCUGCUAAGAUCUAAGGCUGGCCUUGUGGCCCAUCCCCCAAUGGACUAGGCUAUCAAAUUGGUGACUACUGACAACAGCUUUGUUUGGUAUAUUCUUAGCCAGUUGUCUCAACACUGCCUUAACUUGAUGCUCUCCUUAAAGCAAGCUAGUCAUGUGGAAGACUUGUAAGUGGCCACUGUCUCCUUUCUUAUUUUCUGUAGCUGAUAAGCUAUUUCUGGAGGGCUGUCCUCCAUGUUCUGAUACCUGCUUUUGUUCUUAAAGCACAGUACCAAGAAGUUAAAUUUACAUGUGAUGUUUGUGUGAAGGAAACUCAUGUGACAUCUG